AUGGAAAAGACGAUAAGAAAUUCUGAAGAAAUCAAAGAAGAAAGAAGACUUCAGUGCAUCAAUACGGCUCAAGCUUUAUUAAAAGUACUCGAGGCAGGCCAAAUCGAUCCAAAUAAUGUUUAUUCUGCCCUUAAAGUUCUGUUAGCUCGUCAUCAUUAUAUUUAA